UAUGUCACAACUGUCAUCGCCCGGGUGCGCUCUAGCAAACACAAAUCUUCAUUAAUUUUUUCUUAGACAAAAUUUUGGAUAUUUAUUUUUAUAUUAAUAAAUAAUUCCAGAAAUAUAAUUUCUUUUUCAACAAAGUCCUAAAUUUUCGAUAGAAAAACAUACAAACCGUUGAAAUGAGCUCUUGUUCAGUACCAAUACCAUUUCCGGACACCGAGGGUGACGAAAGGUGGAUGAGUGUCCAUAAACGAUUCCUUUCUGAGUGCCGGGAAAAAGAUCCAGACGUGAUAUUCUUGGGUGAUUGUAUUCUAGAAACUCUAGAAUCCACGGAAACUUGGAAUCAAUAUUUUGCACCUAUGCACUGCCUGAACUUUAGCAUACGAAAUGACCGCACGGAAAACGUUCUGUGGCGAGUCGAAAAUGGAGAGUUAGACAAUGUGAGACCUAAGAUAGUUGUAUUGCACGUCGGUACAAAUAAUAUUGAAAAUACACCCGAGGAGAUAUCUGAUGGAGUGUGUGAAAUAGUAAAUCAAAUUCGAAAAAAGCUACCCGGUACAUAUAUAGUUCUACCGACAAUUCUUCCACGGGGACAACUUCCAAAUAGACUACGUGACAAAAACGCUGAAGUAAAUCGGCUUAUCAAAGAAAAGUGCAUAGGUUUAAAUCGAGUGCAAACAGUAUGUAUUGACAAAGGCCUAAUACAAUCGGAUGGCACUAUCAGCCAUCACGAUAUGUUCGACUAUAAGAAUCUAACUAACACCGGUUCUAAAAAAGUUUUUGAACCUGUCUAUGAUCUACUGUCACAAAUACUCAAUGAAAAUGAACCAGAAAAAGACCUCACACCGUCGGAAUAAAGCUUAAGUUAUAACGUAUUUAUAUUUUCGAUUAAAAAUUUUCUAUACACCAAAACUAAUUAAAAAUAUUUAAGUAAAUGAGCUGCCUUAAACCAAGAAAAAAAAAACAAAGCUUAUAAGUAUAUUAUAUUUUAUUAUCUUAAAAGAAAAUCAUUCCAACUCCAAAUAACUCAGCAGCUUAGGAGUAAUAUUGCUUUGCUUGAAAAAAAAAAAUAUUUCAUAACUCGUUUAUGUCUGAUAUGAGUUUUGAUGUUUAAUUUUAUGAUGUUAAGGCUAAGUUAGUAUUAUUUAUUAAACAAAAUAUAUUAUGAAUAAUUUAUUCCAAAUCACUUUUUUUACAAUUAAAAAAAAAAAAAAACAAAACUAUGCAUAAAAAUAUACAAUAAAAGUUCAAACUAGCUAAUUGUGUAGUAAACGCUACAAUUCUGGAAAAUUGGAAUUAGCUAGUUAAUGCUUUUUGUGGAUUUCAUGCACACAGCUCGUGAUCUCUGUUCUCAAAUUAGAAAAAUAUCUACAAAACCCAAAUAUUAUGUAGAAAUUGCAUUUCAUAUUGUUUAAAGUUCACACUCGUACAAGUUUGUUCUUAUUAUUUGUGAUUGUGAUUUAUAAUCAUAUUAAUUAAAUGCAAAAAUAAAGUGUUUCAAAAUAUGCACCAGUA